GUAGCCUAUUGGAGCUUGGCCGGUUGGAUGUAGAUUCGCUUUCAUUGGCAGUCCUAAAACAACUGUUAUAUGUCUUCCUGUAGUGUAUGCUGACGUUAGCUUAUUCUGUGUAGUGAGUCCCUAGAUCACACCACACUACUAAUAUAGAUAUUGAUGGGAUCUUAAUUGUUCGUUUAAUCAUUUAAUAGAGGUGUAGGUGUGGAAGACGGAAAGGGAGAGAGGAGGGUCACACACGUAUCUGAUUACUUUUCUCAUAGAGCUAGACUCACUUCAGGUGCACGGGCGUACAGCACGGGGUAACUUGAGUGGCUAUUAUGAGACUAUGGAAAGCCAUAGUGCCUUCACGUCGUAGCCUACUCUAUGUGCAAGUCUUCCACAAGCAGAGGGAGCUACUGCGUUCUCCUCGCGCCUCCUUUCGCCACCGGGGAGCCGUCUUUGCGCACACAUCCUUGUUUUUGCGUUUCAAUCACUGAAGGAAAAAUAACAAGUAACCUUAGUUCAGUUCAACGUUAAAUACCUGACAGACGAGCUUCAGCUACAGUCUGAUCGCAGAACAUAGACUGUCAAGUGUUUAAACCAGAGAAUAGAAGCGAAAGUGCCUGGCUGUGUUGAAACCGAAGACUUCGUGUAUUGCCGCAGCUGUGCGACUGUGUGUGCAGUUGGUAAAGCGUUGGUAAAGCGAUAGUAGCCUGUCCGUGAUGGACUGGAGCGCGUUUCAUCGCCACGGCAUUACGGAUCAGGUAUUCGGUUUGUAAGAAGAGCGAUGGAAUGGUGGUGCAAGUUAAUGCGUUCAGUGUCCACGGCCUGAAGAGAAACAACACAAUGGAGAUUCAUCCAAUAUGCACCAAGUUAUGUGCACACAAACCCCAGGAGCUGAAGGAUGACAUCUCCGAGAAACAGUGCCCUAUCACCAUAAACCCACGCCACAUGAAGAAAGCCUUUCGUGUCAUGAAUGAACUUCGCAGUCAGAACCUCCUGUGUGAUGUGGUGAUAGUGGCUGAGGACGUGGAGAUCUCCGCUCACAGGGUGGUGCUGGCUGCUGGGAGUCCAUACUUCCAUGCCAUGUUCACAGGGGAGAUGAGUGAGAGCAAACAGAAGCGAGUGCGCAUUAAGGAGAUGGAUGGCUGGACCUUGGGCAUGCUCAUAGACUAUGUUUACACCGCUGAGAUUCAGGUCACGGAGGAGAAUGUACAGGUGUUGUUGCCAGCUGCCGGGCUGCUGCAGUUGUCUGAUGUUAAGAAGGCGUGCUGUGAGUUCUUGAGCUCUCAGCUCCACCCGACCAACUGCCUGGGCAUCAGGGCCUUUGCUGACCUACAUGCCUGCACCGAUCUGCUCACACAGGCCAACACAUAUGCUGAACAGCAUUUCUCUGAGGUAGUUCAUUGUGAGGAGUUUCUCAAUCUGGGGAUGGAUCAGGUGUGCAGUCUCAUUGCCAGUGACAAACUCACCAUUCCCUCUGAAGAGAAGGUGUUUGAGGCAGUCAUAGCUUGGGUUACUCAUGAUAAGGACGUUCGGCAGGAACACAUGGCUCAUCUGAUGGAACAUGUUCGGCUGCCCCUGCUCUCUAAAGAGUACCUGGUGCAGAGAGUGGAGGAGGAGAGCCUUGUGAAGAACAGCAGCGCAUGUAAAGACUACCUGAUUGAGGCCAUGAAGUAUCACCUGCUGCCAGCAGACCAGAGGUCCAUGAUGAAGACCAUCAGAACCCGCAUGAGGACUCCUGUCAGCUACCCCAAGGUGAUGGUCGUGGUGGGAGGCCAGGCUCCUAAAGCCAUCCGCAGUGUGGAAUGUUAUGACUUUGAAGAGGAUCGCUGGUACCAGGUGGCUGAGCUUCCAUCCAGAAGAUGUAGAGCAGGGGUGGUAUAUAUGGGGGGUAUGGUGUAUGCAGUGGGGGGCUUUAAUGGCUCUCUGCGGGUGCGCACUGUGGACUCGUAUGACCCAGUGAAGGAUGAGUGGUGCUGUGUCAGCAGCAUGCAGGACCGCCGCUCAACACUGGGGGCAGCAGUACUCAACGGGCUACUGUAUGCUGUUGGGGGUUUCGAUGGAAGCUCAGGUCUGGCUACGAUUGAGGCCUAUAACGCUAAAGCCAAUGAGUGGUUCCACAUCCAGCCCAUGAACACACGCAGGAGCAGUGUUGGUGUGGGAGUGGUUGGAGGAAUCCUGUAUGCUAUUGGAGGUUAUGAUGGAGCAACACGCCAGUGCCUAAGUACUGUAGAGGCCUACAACCCAAACACUAAUGAGUGGACCUACAUAGCAGAGAUGGGGACCCGCCGCAGUGGUGCAGGUGUGGCUGUGUUGAAGGGCUUGCUGUAUGCAGUCGGCGGACAUGAUGGGCCACUGGUGCGUAAGAGCUGUGAGAUGUACGACUCGGUCAGCAACACCUGGAAACAGGUGGCAGACAUGAACAUGUGCCGCAGGAAUGCAGGUGUGUGCGCGGUCAAUAAUGUGCUGUACGUGGUGGGAGGGGACGACGGCUCGUGUAAUCUGGCCUCGGUGGAGUUCUACAACCCCAGCACUGAUAAGUGGACCCUGCUGCCCACCUGCAUGAGCACGGGACGCAGCUACGCUGGUGUGUCGGUGAUCGAUAAGCCAUUGUGAAGUAGCUGACGUCUGCUGCUGGUACUGUACUCACUCAGUUUGACUCAGUUUGGCUGAGGCUCACUUGGAGGCUGUAACUUCUUCCGGGAGCUGCCUCAACAGAGGACUGUGCAGAGAUGAUUGCUCUCUCGCUCUCUCGCUCUCUUUCUCUCUCUUCCUCUCUCUCCCCCUCCCCUUCUGUCUUACUCUUUCCCUAAUUCUCAAUAUCUCCCUCUGUCCUCAUGUUUUUCUUUUCAUCGUGUAAAUCACAUUUCCUCCUCAUCUCUUCCUUUCACCUUUUACCUCUCUCUUUAUUUCCUAUUUAUUUUGGCUUCCUCUCUGUUCCCCUAUCUCUUUCAUUUCUUUCUCUCUAUAUCUGUUCUGGGAGUGUUGAUGAGGAUUAUUGCACUUAGCAGGCGGAGCACUGAAGAAGGAGUUCUGACAGAACUCCGGUUGGUUGUUGAACAUAUUCCUAACUGCAGUUGAACUGUCACCUGAACACACUGAGCCUCAAGACCGUAGAGAGACCUUAGUCUGUGGUCUUUGGUCAUCUUUUUUUUGUGCAGGAUCGAUGGACGCGAAGAUCAUUUUACUCAACGCUGAUAUGCUUUGCGUGUGUAAUAUAACGUGUAAUCGAGCCGGAUAACAUUUGCACCAGUCAGAUUCUGUAUUUAACUGACACGGCCGUUGUCUGCUUUGGCAGAAAACCACUGGACACUGACGUGUAAAUGAUGUAACAUUUCUGUGUUGCUGUUCUUUUUGCCUCCGAGUAAAUAACCACUAGUGAAGGGGAAUGAAACGAGCCAGCACAUUUCAAGAGUUCGUUUGCCAAACUGACUUUGGUAGCAGGUCUUAAUGCAGAAUAUUGCAGCCGCUGCUCUGUUAGCUUCUUAUGAUUAUGCCAUUGUUCCCUUCCAACCUGUGCCUGUACAGACGCUCCAUUGGUGUGUUUUAAAAAUGCGAAUGUGUUUUGAGCAUGCGGUAAACUGUGCCAUACCUCCGGUUGCCCUGCAUAGGAGAUGCAUCUGCAUGGCCCUACACUGUGUGUUUGUGUACUUUCAUUCCUACUUGUUUUAAUGCUGCUGUAAAAUCAGUGAAAUUAUGAAUGUGAUGUGAAGUAUAUGCCACCUCUGCUGAAAAUGACCAAACCUCUAUUAAUGUCCUUUCUUCCUUUCUUUCUUGUCUAACUAUCUAUUUAUCUACUAUUGUUUUGUAUUUUUAAUGAUAAAUUGUUAUGAUAAGAUAACUUGCAGUUCUAUGUCUGUGUAUAAAGGAAUGUUUGUGUUUUGCUUUUUGAAUUGUUUCAUAACUUGUUUUUCUUUUUAAAAUAAUAUAAUAAAUACGCUUCUGGUAAACAAAUCUCAUCUCUGUGUGAGUGAAAUCUGAAUAAUUGUGUGAACGCCGUCUUGGGUUACUUCUAAAAGCAAAGAUACUUUAAUGGACCAAAUGAUUCAACCAAAUCCAUUGCAAGACUUUUUAGUGCCAUAGUGUCCAACUAUGCCUACUGCGUUCGUGCGCUAG